UUCUCCGGACCGCCAUGGAGUGCAGAGACAAAGCUGCUGUUCCUCCACGGAAGCUCGUCCAAGCUCGGCUGCCCUUCAAGCGCCUCAAUCCUGUGCCAAAGGAAAAACUCGAUGUGAAUCCAGAGGUCAAAAAAGUCAAGAGCUCCCCGAGUGCUUUUGUUCCCAGCAAGGAUCCCUCCCUGGAUGCCUCAGGUGCCUCCCUGGACGAUGUGGAGAAUGACUGCCAGCUGAGCUCAGAUGGGAAUUUGCCUCCAAAACUCAUGAAUGGAAAAGGUCCAUUGGACCAUUUUAUCCAGAAAAACCCAGGAGGUGACACGAGUGACCCCGGGGAUGUUCCUGACCUCUCCAAGGGCUCUGCCCACGGACUCGGGGAUGGCACGGAGCAGGAGGCUGUGGAUUCUAGAGCUGCUGUCAGCAAUGGCACCAUAGGAAAGGAGCUGAGCUGCCUGAGCUCCUCGCAGAGCAGCCCAACAGGUGACUCCACGCAGACUGAGGGGCCCUGCGCAGCUGCAGCCAAGGCAGAGCAGGAUUUGGGAGCUGGGAGCCAGCCCUGCUCCGGCCUCACGGCCUGCAAGGACGUGGCAGGCAGGAAGGGCACUCCAGGUGAACUGAAGGAUGUGCUUUUUGAGGGGAAGGUGCCCGUGGUGCUGCUGGAGGACAUCAUGAGCCUGAAAUCCCCCCAGGUGGCCUCUCUGGAUGGCAGCACCGCCUCGGAGAGCGAGGCCCUAGAGUCGUCCCACGAGGGAGACUCGGGACUGACCAACUCCUCACUGAGCUCCGGGAGCUCCCCCGAGCUCCUGGCACAGACCAAGGGCAGCAGCAUUCCUCUGGCUGCCUCCACACCUGCCAGGAAGGUACCUCAGAAAUUCCACAGAAGUUCAGCAGAGAAGGAGAAGCUGAGAUUGCAAAGAGAUCAGGAGCGUGCCGACAAGCUCCAGAAGCUGCAGGCAGAGAGGGAGGAGAAGGGGAGGCUGAAGGAAGAGGCAAAAGCUGCGAAAGAACGAGCCAAGGAGGAGGCAAAGAAGAGGAAAGAGGAAGAGAAAGAGUUGAAAGAGAAAGAAAGGAGGGAAAAGAAAGAAAAGGAAGAGAAGGAGAAAGCUGAGAAGCUGCGAGCGAAGGAGGAGAAGCGCAAGGAGAGGCAGGAGGCUUUGGAGGCAAAACUCGAGGAGAAGAGAAAGAAAGAAGAGGAGAAACGGUUAAAGGAGGAAGAAAAGCGCAUCAAUGCACAGAAAGCAGAGAUCACCAGGUUCUUCCAGAAACCAAAGACUCCACAAGCCCCCAAGACCCUUGCUGGCUCCUGUGGGAAGUUUGCUCCUUUUGAAAUUAAGGAGAACAUGGUCUUAGCCCCCCUCAGCCGUGUUGCCCUGGAUCCAGACGACCUGGAACAGCUGGAUAAGCUCCUGCAUGCCCAGAAUGGUGAAGAUUCUUUCUUGAAGGAUCUAAAAUGUCGUAAACCACGAAAAACUGGGCCCACUUUGGUCAGUGACAGCAGUGACAGUGUCAACAGUGACGUGGUGGUGGUGGUGGAUACCUGCCAGCCCGAUGCUGUUCCUGAGAGGGAGAAGUUUGGCAGGAUGAAGCUCCUGCAGUUCAGUGAGAAUCACCGCCCUGCCUACUGGGGCACGUGGAACAAGAGAACCUCCCUGAUCCGUGCCAGGAAUCCAUGGUCCAAGGACACUAAACUGCUGGACUAUGAAGUAGACAGUGAUGAAGAGUGGGAAGAGGAGGAGCCAGGGGAAAGUCUCUCCCAUAGUGAGGAGGAUGAUGAAGAGGAGGGAGAGGAUGAAGAUGAGGACGAUGGGUUUUUUGUACCCCAUGGGUACCUAUCUGAAGAUGAAGGUGUGACAGAGGAGUGUGACCCAGAGAACCAGAAGGUUCGUCAGAAGCUGAAAGCAAAGGAGUGGGAUGAGCUGAUAGCCAAGGGGAAGAGGUUCCACGUCCUCCAGCCUGUGAAGAUUGGCUGUGUCUGGGAAAGGGCAGCAAAGGACAACAGCACCAACCCAGACCUGAAGGUGCUCCAGCAGUUCACAGCCUGUGUCCUGGAUCCACCUGUGCCAGAGGAAGAGCAGCAGACACAGAAAUGUAGCAAAAAAAGAGCAAAAGAUCAGCAAAUCCUGGGCCAGCUCCUGCUGCUGCUGCACGGGAACAGGGGGCAACCACAGGCUGCAGAGAUGGAUGGAUUUCAGGCAGACACUGAGGAAGAUGAGGAAGAUGAUGACUGCAUGAUUGUGGAUGUACAGCCAGGAAAAGGUUCCACAGCUCCAGAAUCCAGUGGCACAAGAGCUGCUCACCAGGACAGCAGCAUGGUCAGCCCAUCUAAUACAAUUUGAGACAGAAAUGCCUACUAACUCCUCUGUAUGUAUGUAGAAUGAGCUAGAAAGUUUUAAACCUUGUGUAUCUUUGACCAAGAUACUUGAAAGUAUUCCACAUUUCUUGUAAAGAGAAGACAGCACUUUGUUCUGCUUCAGACCAGAUGGAAGCUUAAUUUUUUAGACUUAGCUUUUUAGCUUUUUUUUUUUUUAAUACUGCAUAUUAAUCUGUCCUUAAUAAAGCAUUAUUGAAAUUUUGAUACUUCUUUGUAAUGGAAGGUAUCUAAGUUAUCUCUAAAAGUAGCUGAGGGAUUUUGGAAUAAGCUUAUUGUGAUGCCACUAGGGGAAUGACUGUUCAUAAUGUUGUACAGCGUGGCCUUGGGUAUAAAUGAUGUACAAUUAUAUAUGAAUUUAUGCUCUUGUA